GUUACUUGAGUAUUUAAACAGCAUUCUUACUCCACUCUGUGGUUUGUUCCAAUGUACUGCACUUGCACUGGAAAUGCUAUGGCAGCUAUAACUGGCAUGCCUUGAUUCUGUACUGCUACUUUACAAACUACAAUUUUAUGCAAACCUCAACAAUUUUAAACUAGAUUAGCCUACCUGAGUGGAAGAUAUGCAGAUAAAUAGUAACUAGCUUUCAACCAUUCUUAUUGUUUAAUAAUUGAGGACUUCCAGCAAGUGGGAGCGCUUGUCAUCCUCUGACAAACUUGCAUAGUAAUUUAGCCAUGCAGUUAUUUCAAAUAAGGGGCAGAAUUGAGUAUUCUUUAGAGGAAUAGUUUUCAAAGACAGGACUUGUAUUUGUGUUUCACUCUGAUAAUUGGGAAGCAAAAAGGAGUCGACUUUAAUUUAUGCAUCAGAUAACAUCUGCUAGUUUAUACCCUGAUGAGAGUCUCACAGUAAAAAGCAAGGUGUAAUAAAGCACAGUGAGAGAGUGGUGAAGAAUAGCGAGGCAUGGUAAAGCAUAUUAAUAAACAUGGCACACCAUAGCAAACUAUGGUCAAAGCGUAGCAUAACUUUGGGGGAAAGUGCAAAAAUACAGUGAUAAACUUCUAUAAGGCCAUUCAGAUCCUCCCUUGAGAAAUGUGUGUUAAACUACUGCAUCGUGUAAUUUACUAUCAAAGUAAAAAUAGGAAGGAAAGUCCAAAAGUAGCACUUUCAUCAGCCUUCAACAAAAAGCUCAUUAUAUGUUUUCCUAUGUAUACCGGAUGUACAGAAUAUAUAAUAAACUAAGCCCAUGGUAAUGAAAACUCCCUGCAAUACAAUUCCAGUGUUCCCACAUUCUAGGAAUGCCACAUAUUACAUUAGACUUUAAAACAAAUUCCAAAGUUGUGGUUUGUAAACUUAGCAUUCAUUCAAGUCUAUACAAAGCAAGCUCGGAGAACUAUCCAGAAGUGUAUUUGCAGAUCGCUAUCUCCCACAGAAGCAGGGACUCCUCCACUGGAUAGUUGAACCACAAUCUCGUAACAUACCGGCUCCAGACAGUCUUAUCAGCCAUCGGACUGCUUUCUUUUUCAGGAUCUCUUUAAAAGUGUGUUGAUCUUCGAGUCUGUUGUGUGCACACGCUUGCAACUGCAUCCUUGCAUUUUACUGUGUGUUUAUUUACUUCAUGAUAGUUUCCAGAAAGUGGCCUGCAGUGUGUUUAUAACAAGCAGUGUCAACCCAUGGCUGCAAAGUCAUUUUAGAAGGAGCUGGUGUUUGUGAGCAUUGCUGGCUUGCAAACCACGCUCAAUGUUGCAGAGAGGUGUCGUGUAGCAAUUAAGCAGCUUUGAUUAUCAUUUGACAGAACUAGUCCUUCCAGGGAGCAGCUGUGAUACAAACACCACAGCUCACAGAUCAUGUCACAGUCACAGCCUUGCAUUCACUAGUGCUGCAAUGGGUUUGUAGCGAUUGGGUGGGAUAAGUUGCUAAAUGGCUCAGAUUUGUAUUUUUUUUUUAUUAUUAUGUUCAGAACUGUAAGUGCACCAUUUGCUGAAGGGAAGUCACACACAGUGUCUAAUCAAUCACACAAACCCUUGGGUUUUUUCCCAUACUUGGCUUACUGUAAAAUCUGUGCCAUGGGUGCCUUAACCCAUUGCUGGGGGCGGGGGCACGGUCCUCAGAGUGAUGUUGAAAUUGGGGUUCACCCAAAAAUGAAAUGUUAGACUGCCAGGCAGCAGAGACUGAUUGCUUAUUCCAGAGGGCUUUCAUCCUCAAUCAGGAGCUAUGAAUUUCAAACAACAAAGUGCUUCACAGAUUCCUGGAGAUUAGACACACAUGGAAAUAUGAGUGCGUCAUCGUAUACUGUACAGGGAACUAACUAAAUCAAGUAGACAAUGCUUUUGCAGAAAAUGUAUUGCAUAACCAGUUUUAUUUCAGAAUAUAUAAAAGGUGGGUAGAAAGACUUGGGAAAGAUUUUUCCGGCCAGAUUUCAGGACAUUAACAUUGCUUGUUUUUAUGUUAUUUUGGCUAGUAAUGGAAAGCUAGAACUGGUGCCAGUUCACCAUAUAGAGUGGCCAGGUCCCUGUUUUAUUACUGAUUCUGUCUCAGUCUUUUGGAAAAAUAAAUAAAGUUCUGUAAUCUAAAACACACGUAAUCAAUAAAACUCCACAAGGGGUUUCCAGCCCCUUGAUGGACAAAAUAUCCAGUCAUGUUAAGAUUUCGUCUUUAGGAUUCCUUUAGUUAUGUUCAAAGCAAGUUCCAAACUAUUGUAUUGGCUGAGCUGUGGAGGGGAUGCAAUCAUUCUCUGCUGUUUCUAAGGGAAUUUGUUGUCUGUGUGUAUCAGAGAGUGGGUGCUACAGCUAAUGCAUGUGGAAUUCCUGAGCUGUAUGGAAAAUAAGAGGCCUCCGUUUCUGGGAUCUUGGUUAGUUAGUGCUGUACAAGCAAAGCCACUAGUCACCUGACCAAUUCAGAUUGAAAAAAACAACAGAGUCCCAUCACAUUAAGUUCAAGGAAGGAAGAGGACAUGUGCUUGAGGAGCAGAUGUUGGAGUCUGCAGGUUGCUCAUAUUUGACCACUAGAUUUGACUCCUAUGACACUGAGAAUAUCAGACUAUGGACAAGAAAACAGCAACUGGCCUUUCAUCUAAACCAUCUGAGCGUGGAGACCAGCGGAAGCAGCUCCCCUACUCCGUCGAGACUCCAUAUGGAUUCCACUUGGACCUGGAUUUCCUGAAGUAUGUCGACGACAUCGAGAAAGGCAACACCCUCAGGAGGGUUCACAUUCAAAGGAGGGCCAAAGCCCCGAAGUUCUGCACCCUGCCCAGGAACUUCAGCCUCCCGGAUAACAGCUCCAGAUCCUUUCCCAGGGAAAGCUGGACUUCCACGUGCUCUCUCGUGCCCAGAAGCACAUCCAGGGAUGUGGAGUUCCAGCAGAACUUUGAGUUCCGUGCAGCUGACCAUGUUUCUGCAGGAGUUUCUUCAAUAGCCUCAGGUGUCACAAGCAGAUCAGAGAGAGCUGCCAGCGGGGAUGCCAGGACCAGGGCUUUUGAUGAGCAGCCGCUGGGCUUUAGGGUUAGACCACAGUUGUUGAGGGCUUCAAGCAUGCCUGUUACUGUCCUGCAGAGAAAGAACUCUGAGAAUUCGGAAGAUCAAACCGAGCCACUUCCCAGACAUGGCCCUAGAGACAAUGGCUCAUCCGAAAAUGUGUUUUGUUCAAAUGAUGACUCCUCUGCCCAGGACACAGCCAAGAACUGUGAAGCUGUCUUGACUUCGGAGGUGAGCAAUCUCCGCCAGCAACUCGCUGCUGCUUUGCAAAUGAUCAAAGUUCUGGAAGAGGAGGUGAAAACGAUUCCUGAGCUAACAGAACAGGUGUCAACACUGACGGAAGAGAAAGACAAUCUCAUUCUACAGCUCAACUGUCAGCUUGCGGUUUCAGUGCAAGGAUUGCCCCAGACUACUGCAUGUGAAAACACGGAACAGGAUAAACAUAGUUUGCAUUCACUUAUAAGCAACAAUACAGCAGAAAAGCAGAUUGCAUCUUCCACAGAUGUGUUAGCAUCUGCAACCUCACUGACUACAAAGGCAAGUGAAGCUCACAGUCAUUCUCAGCAGCAGAAAAUAAGAACUGCUCAUAGAGAAAGAGCCGGCACGCCAACGGGAUCUUCAUUACAAGACGUGGCUGUCUGUGUCGCAGAAGGAGCAGCAGGUUUAGCAGCUCAGAAGACAAACAGUGAUACAGAAGCUCUCACCAGUAUAGCACUGAGGACAAAACUCACGGUUCUAGAGAAGCAGUUAAGUGACACAACUAAAGAGCUUGAAAAAGCAAACACUCUGCUGAAGCAGCAAGUGGAAGAAAACAAGAUGAAAGCUCUUAUGCUUGAGCAACAGUCAGAGCAGGACAACUCCAAUCCCCAGCUGGAAGGAGCUGAAAUGGGGGAGCAGACUGAAGAAGUAGAGAAGAGCAAGCAGUCUAAUUGUGUUCGGCGCUGCAACGCCUCAGUGAACACAGAAACCAGCUCGGAAGUAAAGAUGUUCUCUGACAAAGGCACCACCACAGACAUGCAAAUUCCCACCAGGUCGGCAGAAUGUGGAGCGGGUGCAAACAUUAUUGAAACACCAAAGAAAGAUCUGAGAAGCUCGAGCGUUCAAACUGAAUCUUUGGAAGUCAGGAGCGCGGGAGUGGUAGCAUCUGUCCAGACUGGGGAGAAAUCAAUAAAUGCUACAGUCAGUGCUUGUGACAAAGCCAUUGAAACCGAUCAACCACUGAUCCAGAAACUUGUCACAUGCAAACCUGUUGAAAAAGACGAACAAGUAGCAGACCUGGAAAAGGAAAGCGAAUGCAUGAAACAAUGUGUCUCUAGCAGGGAGUCUGACUUCGUGUCUGUUGUUGAUGACUGUAAAUCUAAGGAAGGGUGCAUCAGGGAAGUGACACAGGAUUGCAAGAAAGAAUGCAAGGGUGACCGUGAAGAACCAACGCCAUCUUCCUCAACACAGGCUGCCAUUGGACACUAUGUCACAAAGAUCCAACAGCUUCUGCAUGAGCAGUGGGCUGUUUUGGAGAACAGUUACCCAGAGCUUGCCAGCACACUAAAGCAGCCAGCUUCAAAGAUCAGUUCAAUCCAGGACCAGCUUGUCAGCUCUCUCAACACACUGUCCUCCAUGUACUCUUCAAAAGCAGAGAAAGAGGCGACCAAUGCGAGCAGUGCACAGCAAGCAGGGAGCUCCCCGGCUGCGGCUCUCAAAUCCAUCAUGAAGAAGAAGGACUGCAGCGUCAGCACAGGGAAGAGCGCAGCGAAGAAGAAUCUCAAGUUUGUUGGCAUCAACGGGGGCUAUGAAACGACUUCGAGCGAGGAGUCGAGCGGCGAGGACAGUGGGCAGGAUGGCAGCUCUGGCACGGAGGAUGGUGGCUCAGGACCUGGUGACAGGGCCAGCGAGAGGUCAGCUGCGGGGGGCAUGGAGGCCAGUGAUCUCAGCUGCCUUGGAGACAGCCAGGCUGAGGAGGCUGACAGGGAAACGAUACAAGAGAAUUUUCUGGCUGCCUGUCAUUACCUGAAGGAUCACCUCACAGAGACUGCGUUCCCCAACAAGGAGAUGAGGCAGUGCCUGCGCGUGGUGUACCAGGAGUGGUUCAGAGUCUCCAGUCAGAAAGCCUCCUCAGCUGACACUGUGGCUGGGUACCUCAGGGAGCUGCGAGCAAUGACCCCGGAGCUGGUGGCUUUCAUUGUGAACCUGGCAGACGGGAAUGGAAACACUGCUCUCCAUUACAGCGUGUCCCACUCCAACUUCCACAUUGUCAAGCUGCUGCUAGGCACAGGGGGGUGCAAGGUGGACCAUCAGAACAAGGCUGGCUACACUGCGAUCAUGCUGGCUUCACUCACAGCCACGGAGUCCCAGGAGGAGAUGGAGGUGGCCUUGCAGCUUCUGAGACAGGGAGACAUCAACACCAGAGCCAGCCAGGCUGGUCAGACGGCUCUGAUGCUGGCGGUCAGUCAUGGCCGGACGGACAUGGUGAGGUCUCUGCUGGCGUGCGAUGCUGAUGUCAACAUCCAGGAUGAUGACGGCGCCACGGCGCUCAUGUGUGCCUGCGAGCACGGCCACGCGGAGAUCGUCCAGCUGCUGCUAGCCCAGCCAGGCUGCAGAGCACAGCUCACCGACAACGAUGGCAACACCGCUUUGUCUAUUGCACUGGAGGCCUCCCUCUCAGAGAUUGCUGCCCUUCUCUAUACUCACGCAGGCCAGAGGGACUCUCCGGCUCCAUAGCAACCAAAGUCUUUCUCUUAUUCCGAGCCACACAGCCACACAGCUCCCAUGAUCGCCUCUAAUCAGAACUUCAGAGCAGCGUCUUGAUUGAAGGAGCAGCGAGGGACAUGCAGCAUGGCUGGCUAUGAGGUGGGGCCAGAGUGUUCCUGUGUGUUGCAAGCACGCUGCUCUUUGCCAUGUUUGUGGAACAUCGCUGUUUCUCCCUGUAAUCAUGACCAACCCCUACCUGCUUUGUGUGAAGAUGAGCUAAUUACACAGUGACUUGGGAGCAGGAAUGUGUUUAACUUACACAGAAAUAAAUACAUUUUAAUAAAACUAGUGGAG